CUGGCCCCUGGGUCCAUCAUGUCUACACAGGACCACAGCUUCUAGAUGUGUGUCUGUAAACUGGCCGAGGGAGAGCACCCUCUGCUCCUGCGUCUGCUGGCAGGGCCCAGCCCGGACACGCUGAGCUUCGUGCUGAGAGAGCAGCAGACAGGCGAGGUCAUGUGGGAUGCUUUCUCCAUCCCCGAGCUGCACAACUUCCUGCGCAUCCUGGAUAAGGAGGAGCAGGACCAGGUCCGCGUGAUAACCACGCGCUACAACAUGUACCGGGAGAAGCUGGAGGAGGCGAUCCACGUUGUCAGCAGCCCUGAUUAAUGGCGGCCUGCGUCCGUGGAGGAGAGGGCGAGUGAGAGGGAGAGAAGGCUGACCGCAGGGAUCCUGCCUCACUAGGCACCAUGCCACGGUCAACUCUAGAAAGGGCUGUUGAAACUCUCAACACUGACGCUCAGAGAGCACAUGGGACGCUACACGCUUUCCCCACAAUGCACCCUUAGUGCCAUAUUCUCUCACCUUCUCUUUUUCACCGUGUUUGUGUUAUUUUUUAAAUUGUUAUUUGGUUCUCUUUUUUUGUAGUAUGUUUUCUGUAAUGUUACCUCUUGAACUUGUGAAUGAUGCAAGUCUGAGAAUCUGGUCUUUCUGACUGUUUUAUUUAAUUGGUGGAUGCUAUGGUUUGUACAUAUUUUUGUUCAUUAUUUUUUAUUUAUGUGGGUGAAUCUUUGCUAUUUUUUUUAAUUGAAAGUCUUAUUUUAUUUUGAAGAGGCGUAGCAACAAUCCAAUACAGUAGCUGAAGGACUGGUGGAGUUGCUGGUCACAGAGGGUGAGUUACUGCUCGCUGACAUGACUCCUUUACCAAAGAAUAAACAACAUUUGGCCUUUGAUGUGCAGCUGCAGUCAUGCGACUUCGGCAGGUUGUCGUGCUAGGGCUCCGCUUUAGCUGUUUGUACAAAUCCGAGUUGACAUGGUUUUAAUAAUAGAACUACAGGUUGGGACCUCAGACGCUUGUUGGAUAUUGAGGCUUUGGGAGCAGAAUUUGACCAGGAACACAGAGAAGUUGCAUUAUCAGUGUAAGGAGUAGUGCAUUGGAACAAACGGUCCGGCAGUUGACGGAAGAAUGUGAGAUUCAGGAGGAAUACAGGACAUGCUAAAAUGCAAUUCCAGAUUAAGACAAGAGUUAAAGAAGGAAGAUGGGUUGUGUAGGAAAAGGCCCACAUUGGAGCAUGGGAACGUUGGUUUUUGGGAAAGUUGGUUCAGAAGUUAAUCAGACCCUAACAGUGAGCCACCUAAACACUGUUUAGACCGAAAAGACUUCUGAGUUGAGAGAGCACUAGGAAGUAGGAUACGUUGUCACAGGAGCAGAUAAGAAUGCAGGAAGUUAACAUAUCUGUUCAGAGGAAGUUGAACUGUAUUUAGAGGAAAUAUGAGGCUGGUGUGGGAACAAACCCAGUUGCAGCAAGGACCUGUUUGUUUUGGCAGACCUCUGCUGGCCGCAGUGUGUGACCUGUCUCUUGGUGCCUGUCGUCCAUUUUUGUCUGACCCCUCCAAAUGGUCGUCAUGUCAAACAGCCUCUCAUGAUGGAACCCUCCAGAGAUGAGCAUCAUGUGCAAGGCCUGUGUUGCAGAGAAGGAUGUCAGCUUGGCGUAACUCUGAAAAGGCAGGCACGCGCACACGCACACGGGUGUGUGUGUGGGGCGCUACUUGCUGGAGAACUAUCUGUGCCCUUUGGUCAGGGGCUAGGUGGGGAAACUGGGCUAGCCUGCUCUGCUAGUGGGCCCACAUUUCAUUCUCAGCUGUUGGAGUUCUGAUUGCUUGAUGGUGUAAUUCUGUUUGUUCACGAUAUGAUACACAGUAUCCCAUAUAGCACCACUGAGUAUGUAGUUUCCAGUUCAGUUCAAGGCAGAGCUGGCUAUCAUAUUUGUCCUCCUGAUGCUGGUAAAUAUACAGUAAAUAUGUAAUUAUUUUAUGCAGAAUUCAACAGAAAUGUGUCUUAAGAACAGACAAUCUGUCAGCGGGCUAUGCUACUGUCAAGGUUAACAUUUACACCAUGUUAAAGUAUGUUAAAUGAUACUUGUGUAUCAGUGUUUUUUUUUUUUUUUUUGUUUUGUUUUUUUUAAAUACAUAUACAUAUUUUAUUUUAAUAUGUUUUAGUGCAUGUUUUUUUUCUUCUGAUGGGUACUGCAUAAAUGUGUUGCAAUGUCCAUUGACGCGUUGACGCAUACUUAUGUGGUGAUGUGGGGACAUCUUGUGGUCACUUGCUGUAAUAGCGUCUUUAAUUUGCCGUCCUAUAGCUCAUUUGUGUCCAGUUGUUUUGGAUUUUUUAAAAUUUUUUUUUUUAGUGUUAAAAGGUCUGACUGCUUUUUCUUUGUUUGUAGUUUUAUUUGUUUCCUGUAUAACCAAAGAUAUAAUGUAAAAAUGCAUAAUUUAAAUGUGCCUGGUGUAAUCGGUUUAUACAAUACACAACAUAGCUUUUCAAGAAAAAAAAUCA